UCCCACCUAAGCGUCCGGCAGCUGCUUUUAUUCUUGGAGCUUUUUGUGGGGCAGAAGUUCAUACAGAGGCGCAGUUAUUCCUUAAUUUUUUUAAACAUAGAAUAUCACUCAACCAGAGAGAAUGAGGGAAAUUGUGCAUAUUCAGGCUGGCCAGUGUGGUAACCAAAUCGGUGCUAAGUUCUGGGAGGUGAUCAGCGAUGAGCACGGGAUAGACCCCACAGGCACCUACCAUGGAGACAGCGACCUGCAGCUGGACAGAAUCAGCGUCUACUAUAACGAAGCCACAGGAGGCAAAUACGUGCCCAGAGCCAUCCUGGUGGACCUGGAGCCCGGGACCAUGGACUCUGUCAGGUCCGGGCCAUUCGGACAGAUCUUCAGACCAGACAACUUUGUGUUCGGUCAGAGUGGCGCUGGGAAUAACUGGGCAAAGGGCCACUACACCGAAGGGGCCGAGCUGGUCGAUUCCGUCCUGGACGUGGUCCGCAAAGAGGCUGAGAGCUGCGACUGCCUGCAGGGCUUCCAGCUCACCCACUCCCUGGGCGGGGGCACCGGCUCCGGCAUGGGCACCCUGCUGAUCAGCAAGAUCCGGGAGGAGUACCCCGACCGCAUCAUGAACACCUUCAGCGUGGUCCCCUCCCCGAAAGUGUCCGACACUGUUGUGGAGCCCUACAACGCCACCCUGUCCGUCCACCAGCUGGUGGAGAACACGGACGAGACCUACUGCAUCGACAACGAGGCGCUCUACGACAUCUGCUUCCGCACCCUCAAACUCACCACCCCCACCUACGGAGACCUCAACCACCUGGUGUCGGCCACCAUGAGCGGCGUCACCACCUGCCUGCGCUUCCCCGGGCAGCUCAACGCCGACCUCCGUAAGUUAGCUGUCAACAUGGUGCCCUUCCCCCGCCUGCACUUCUUCAUGCCCGGCUUCGCCCCACUCACCAGCAGGGGGAGCCAGCAGUACCGCGCCCUCACGGUGCCCGAGCUCACCCAGCAAGUGUUCGAUGCCAAGAACAUGAUGGCGGCGUGCGACCCGCGCCACGGGCGCUACCUGACGGUGGCGGCGGUCUUCCGCGGCAGAAUGUCCAUGAAGGAGGUGGACGAGCAGAUGCUGAACGUGCAGAACAAGAACAGCAGCUACUUCGUUGAGUGGAUCCCCAACAAUGUCAAGACCGCCGUCUGCGACAUCCCGCCCAGGGGUCUCAAAAUGGCCGUCACCUUCAUCGGCAACAGCACGGCCAUCCAGGAGCUCUUCAAGCGCAUCUCAGAGCAGUUCACUGCCAUGUUCCGCCGCAAGGCCUUCCUGCACUGGUACACCGGAGAGGGCAUGGACGAGAUGGAGUUCACCGAGGCUGAGAGCAACAUGAACGACCUGGUGUCCGAGUACCAGCAGUACCAGGACGCCACAGCCGAGGAAGAGGGAGAGUUUGAGGAGGAGGCUGAAGAAGAUGCGUAAAAAGCAACGAGAGAUGAGGGGGUUUGAGGGGGGAGGGUGGGUUCAAAACUGAAGCAAAACCGAAGCCCGAAAAUAGUGAAGCAAAAUUAAGCAAAAAUGAAAUUUGAGAACAGAACAAUGGCGGCCUAAAUGAUCAAGCAACCAGAGGAGGGAUGGAAGAACAUUGUCAGGAUUCACGAAACAUUGAUGAGAGGCACCAAUCCCAACCCAGCAAGUGAUGAUUAGAAACUGCUGCAAAGUGAGUCAAAUUAGAAAACAGCAAAAAAAAGAACUAAUAAGAGCAGAUGGUGGGAUUGUGUCAGCAGUAAAAAUGAAUGUAAGCAAGGAUGGUGGAUGAGAAGGAAAAAGAAAGGAAUUGACCGUAAACCUUCAAUAUGACCAAAUACAAUUAGUAAACAUCUACUUUCGUGCAUCUGUGUUUUUGGGUCUCUCCUCAUUCCUCGUCCCUUCCAAUAAAAAGACAGAAAGAAACAACAGUUUAAAAAAAUCAACCAAUAGCAACAAAGCCAGCCAACCAAUAAGCACAGUGAUGUUGCAGCACAACCAAGAUGGUAAACUGCUGUUUCUUGAAUGGUCAAGUCAGGUCUGCCUGAACAGAGAGGACAAAGCGAGGAAACGCAAAGACACAGAACACCCCAAGUGAACAAUACAAGUAAGGUCAAGGAGGAAAGGAUUGAGAGUGAAUGUCAGCAGAGGAAGAUGUGUGAGGAGGGGCUGGAGACUGAUAAGGUGUCUUACGUGCCAAGAAUAAGAGCUGUCUGAUCCAUUUCAUGGUGUUUAUCUAUUUAUUUUUUUAUCUUCCCUGUGUUUUUAUUUUAUUUUACUUCUUUAUUUCUUUUUUUAAUUAUUACUUAUUUCAACUGAGCCUCUUCCAUUUCCAGAUCAGUUCAGUGACUAACAAUUGAAUGUCUGGUCACAGAAUUUCUUAUGGAGAGAGUAAAUGCAGAAUAUUCAUUCAAGUGGACCUGCAGCUCCCCACAGAACAAUAAAUGCACGCUGCACUGAGAGAGGGACCAAACAGUCACGGAAAGGAGUCCAUUUUAAACUAUCCAUACUGCACAGUGUUUAGAAAUGCAGAAUUUAAGAUGCGUAAUCAAAUUCAUUUUGAAGACCACAUGCAUAUAUGUAUGGGUUGGGGUGAGACACUGUGAAGAAUUUCCAGAAGGCGACUUGGUUGGAGUGGUGUGUAUUACCCGAAGCAGACCUCCACCGAACGCCAGCCAACGUCUCGGAGAGGCAAGGGUGGGUACACACCAUGCCCCUGGGAAAGGGGUAUGGGGCUGAAUGUUUUAAGAAAUCAAAAUGGUUUCUUAAACAGUUACAAGAAUGUUCCAACUAAGGGUUCACGUGAAUUAUAUGCACAGAAUAAUUUUUUGGUUAAAUUAAAUUGAAGGGGGAAAUGUGGUCGUUCAUCAACGGAAAUGAAGUAAAACAGCUGAGUGCAGUCGUGCUAUGUAUUACGUAUAAUUGAGCAAAAAAUGUGGGGAAGCUCGGAUGUUUUCUCUCCUCGUAUUUGUGUUUGAAGUUCUGCAGCUUCAACUCUACUUUUUCUCCAUCUAUUUGUGUUUGUUUGUUUUUUCCCUGUCCUGUCUUUCUGAAAACCGUCUUUCAUACUGAACAGGAAAGGGCCUCUGGGGAAAAAUAAAAUGCCUUUUUAUAAAAACUGAAA